AUGUCGCUCAGGAACAUCUUCACUUUUGUGACCUGUGCACUCCUUCUUGCGUCCUACAGCGCCGCCGCACCAACGGCUGCAUCGGUGGUCUCGCUGUCCGCCAGCUCUGCGGUGGCCUCUUCUUCGUUGCUCGCCUGGUCGUCCUCCGAGACCGAACCUUCGUCGACUUCGGCCGCGCCGGCCUCGGAGACUGUGGCGCCUGCAUCGGACGACCCCAACUACGUUGCCUGGACCCCCGACUACACUGGCACACCUGAGGCGAUCCGUGGCUCCCUCGGGUCGACGGUCAUCGGCCCCCAGAACGUGCCGCUCGACCUUCAGAAUGCAGACAUGCUUGCGCCGCCUACGACUGACAAUGGCGCAGUGCCCAACGCCAAGUGGCCGUUCAGCAUGAGCCACAACCGCCUUCAGACUGGUGGAUGGGCUCGUCAGCAGAACGUUGGGCAGCUGCCCGCCGCCACCGAGCUCGCGGGAGUUGACAUGCGCCUCGAAGCCGGUGCUAUUCGCGAACUGCAUUGGCACACCGCUUCCGAGUGGGCAUAUGUCACUCAGGGAUCUGUGCAAGUGUCAGCCGUCAACCAGCUCGGCCAGAACUUUAACAAGGGUGACCUAUGGUUCUUCCCUGCCGGCGUCCCCCACACCCUUCAGGCCACAAAUGCGACAGAGGACGGCGCAGAGUUCCUCCUGGUCUUCGACAACGGCACCUUCGACGAGGACGGCACGUUCCUCAUCACCGACUGGCUCGCACACACCCCGAAGGAGGUCAUCGCUAAGAACUUUGGGGCGCCCAUCUCUGUCUUCAAUGAGAUUCCGGGCGAUGAUCUUUACAUCUUCCCUGCCGCGCCACCGGGUCCGGACUCGGACGCCCCCGUGAGCCCGUCCGGCACUGUGUCAAGCCCGUACACGUUCGCGAUGUCCCAAAUGCCCGCGACCGAGCUCUCAGGAGGGUCUGUCAAGAUCGUGGACUCGCAUGUGUUCAACAUCUCGAAGACGACGGCUGUCGCAGAGGUGACGGUCAACCCUGGUGCGAUGCGUGAGCUGCACUGGCAUCCAACUCAGGACGAGUGGACGUACUUCCUGGAGGGAAAUGCGCGUGUCACGGUAUUUGCAUCUUCAGGUAACGCGGGGACGUUCAACUACCAAGGCGGUGACAUCGGCUACAUCCCUGCGUCACACGGUCAUUACGUCGAAAAUACCGGUAACACGACGCUACGCUAUCUCGAGGUCUUCAAGACUGCGACCUUCCAGGACGUCAGCCUGAAUCAGUGGAUCGCCCUAACGCCCCCGGCGAUGAUCGAAGCGACGCUCAAUAUCAAAGCCGAAGACCUCAAGUACUUCAGCAAGACCAAGCCCAUUGUCGUCGGCCCCGCUCCGGUCAACAGCACUGCGAACAGUACCACAGCCGCCUGA